AUGGUGAUUGGGGUUAUGGGUGUGACUGGUUCUGGCAAAAGCACUUUUGUUCGCACGGCAAGUGGUAAUAAUAACGUUAUCGUCGGACACUCACUGGAGGCUUGCACUCAAGAAAUCACCGCGUUCGAGUUUAAUACCAACGGCCAAAAUAUUAUCUUGGUUGACACGCCUGGUUUCAACGACACUUACAAGUCAGAUACGGAGAUUCUUCUUGAUCUAGCAAAAUGGCUUGAGGUAACUUACCGUCAGAAUGCUAAACUAACUGGCAUCCUCUAUCUGCACCGCAUCACAGAUGUUCGUAUGGACGGGAGCGCUAUGCGAAAUCUCAAGAUGUUCCGUAAGCUGUGUGGAGAAGAUCCAAUGAAGAAUGUUAUCAUUUUGUCUACCUUCUGGGGACAAAUUGACAGCCAGAGAGCCAUAGCGCAUGAGGCUGAACUGAAGACAAACCCUGACUUCUGGGGUACUAUGAUUGAACAUGGCGCCCAGGUAUCGCGCUUUGAUGGUACUCAGCAAUCUGCUGUCGACACUCUCAUGUCUCUUGCAACAAAGGCCAAGAUGACUCUCGAUAUACAGCGCGAGCUGGUAGACGAAGAAAAGCCCUUAGGUGAGACUGCUGCAGGCAAUGCUGUCAACGAGGAAUUGCAUCGCCUCGAGAACAAGUACCGUGAGAAGCUCGACGAGAUUCAGCAGGAAACUGCCGCAGCUCUGGCAGAGAAGGAUGUUCAAUAUGAACAAAUCCUCAAGGCCGAACGUCAGAAGAUGGAGCAGAAGCUUGAACGAAUCCACUCAGACCAGGAGAUGCUACGCCAAGAACGGCGCGAAGAGAUCCGCCGUAUUGAGGCUGACAACAAGCGCAAGAUCAGCCUCCUCCAGAGGGAAUACGAUGGAAAGCUCCAGCGGCAGCAGCUUGAAGCAGAUCGACUUCGUGACGAGGACAAGGCAGAGAUGAGAGAGCAAAUGCGUGAGGCACGCUUGCAGAGCACAGCCAUGCUGGCCCAAUUCCGCGGGCAGGUCCAGGAGAUUCAGGACCGUAGUGACGAGCAAAUCAGAGAGAUCAGGGAUGAAAAUGAGGCUUUGAGGACGGAGGCAAGGAAUAACGCCACACAGGGGAACUUUGGGGGAAAGCUGGCACAGCUGGUCGCUUCGGGAGCUCUGGCAGCAAUGGACCCCUUGGCGAUCCCCGUGGCGUUGGCCUCUCUGGCGGAUUUUGUGAAUGAGUUUUGA